AUGGCCGAUUACGAACGUCGACCCCAUGGCCCAAGGGGUGAGGACGAUGAUUACGACCGCCGCCAGAGGCGCAGAUACGAGGAGCCUUUGUUUGUCAAGAUUCGCAGGCAGCUGCUCACAAUCGCCGAAUCUGCUGCCCGAAGAGUAGAGGACGACGCUAUCCAGAUCGCCAAAUCUGUGACUGAUAAUUAUGGAGAUGAAGAAAUCAAGGGAGUAUUCCUUGACACCGCAGUCGAUCUUGUUCUUGAGCAGCCAUUGAAGAUCCCUUUCAUCGCGGCCACAGUUCUUGCCGCAAAUGUCCUGAAAUCAGAGCCAGUUUCAGACAUACUGAAGAGGGCCGGAGAAUCGUUACAAAAAUACGUCAAUGCCGGUGCCUGGCGUGAAGUCAAGCUCCUCCUUCGUUUCCUCGGGUGCCUUCAAGGCAUCUUUGAAGGAGACGGUAUAUUUCCCGUGCUGGAGGAAAUCUUCUCUCGCGCAGUUGAUCUCCAAACCGCGUCCUCUGAGGAUCUGCUCGGUCUGGAGCUCGUUAAGAUCAUCCUCUUCACACUACCAUAUGCGAUGGCAUCGCCCGCAACCGGCUUCGACACUCAGGCUACUGCUCUUCUCGAGAAGACGGACAUCAUCGCUUCCACUCCGCAUGCGCUUGUGGAUCUCGUGAACCCGUUCAGUCUCCAUGAAGGCAAGCCGACCGCCACAGAGAGCAUCAUUAGCUUGAUGCAGAAACAUCUGCAGAGAGAAUCUACUCAGUCCUGGGAGCUCGCAUGCCUUCCGCGCCCAUGGAGACGGAUCUAUGAAUCUCUCGGGGCACAGGAAGAUGUUCGAGACGAGGGUGCUCAAGAUGGGGAAGAGGACCGAUCACCAAACUCUGCGGGCCCCGGACCAAAACACGCUUUCCCACAAAUCGUCAUGCCUAAUCCUGUCGGCAACGGGGCAAGGGCGAUCUUCCCAGAGAUCUAUCUCUCUGUAUAUGCGAAUCAAGAUAUCGAAACCGUUCCUCCAACCACGGAUAUUGCGUCGUCUCUGUUGCGAGACUCGCUUGUUGACACAAUCAACAUCCUUGACUUUAAUCGUAUUGCAACUGCGAAGUAUUUGAUUGACGUUGACUGUUAUUUUACACCGAAUACAUUCGUGAAGCGGGCCACGCCUUUUGAUCGCUUGCGUGAGUUAUCCACUGACCGCCCGCAAUGGAAGCCCGAAGACGUCGCCGUGGAUGCAGUGUUUUCUCAAUUAUUCCAGCUGCCAUGCCCAGAGCACAAAUUCGUCUACUAUCAUUCGGUUCUCACCGAGUGCUGUAAGAUUGCUCCGGCCGCUAUCGCCCCGAGCCUGGGCCGAGCCAUUCGCUUUCUGUAUCGCAGCCUUGAAUCGAUUGACCUUGACCUUAGUCAUCGCUUCCUGGACUGGUUCUCGCAUCAUUUGAGCAACUUUGGUUUUACGUGGAAAUGGAGUGAAUGGAUCGAGGACCUAGAGUUACCCGCGGUUCAUCCUCGGAUGGCUUUUAUAACGGGAGCGCUCGACAAGGAGAUACGAUUAAGCUUUGCUCAGCGCAUCAGAGGGACUUUACCUGACCCGUAUCAAGAAUUUAUUACAGAGGGGAAGGAGAAGGACACUCCGGAUUUCAAGUACUUGUCCGAUACUACACCAUAUGCCAAUGAGGGCAAGGAGAUUAUGCAGCUUGUCCGAAAGAAAGCGAGCGAUGAGGAGAUACAACCCUUUAUCGAUGCAAUCGAAGAGCAAGCUAAAUCUUUGGGGGUCAAUGAUCCGCUGCUUCCAUCGACCGACGCACUUGUUACAGCUAUUUGCUUCGUGGGCUCCAAAUCUCUUUCUCAUGUCCUGUCGUGCAUUGAGCGAAACAAGGAGCGAUUAUUGGCCAUUGGGCCUAAGUCUCCUCGAGCUCAACGCCAAAUCAUCACCUCCGUCAUGGAAUACUGGGUGGAUCAGCCCGGUAUUGGCAUCAACAUCAUCGACAAACUUUUGAACUAUACCAUCCUCACACCGCUGUCAGUCGUCGAAUGGGCACUGGUCGACAAACUUGAGGCUGGCACAGUUCUUGCAAAGACGCACGUCUUCGAAAUGAUUUCCGCCACUGUUGGUAAAGUCACCAAUCGUCUACGCCAGAUUGUUGCUGCCCGUACUCAACCUAGUCUGUAUGAGCCUCAACUGAGCGUUCUAGAUGACACUCUAAAUCGUGAGAAGGCCGACAUGCAGGUCCUCUUCCGGGUCAUUGAGGAUACCAUCGUGUCGGUCGCUGGCGGUAGUAAUGACGAGUUGAUGGAAAGGGGGGACGGAAGCGGUACUAUGCCUGAGGAUGAGAUCAUCCGGCGUUGGGGCCAGCGGUGGCUGAGAGUAUUCCGGCGCAAAGCCGGCGUUGAGGAGUCCUUCAUCAUCGAGGCCAUGGCCAGGGCGAUUCCGGUAGGCACGGUUGCACCUCCAGCCUUCGAGGACCCCGCUGCUUACGACCGUGCUCCGCUAGACGGGGACAUGGAUAUUGCUGACGGGGUGGAGUGA